CAGGUGGAAACACCAGUCCAUCCACCAGGAGCAGCAAGGGCAGUCAAGAGGUCCCAGAGGACAUGGCCUUAGAGCUCCACAUGCCAGAACCCAUGUGCCUCAUUGAGAAUGUCAAAGGACAUCUGAGACCUAACCAGGAAGCCCUGGAGAUCCUGUCAGCCAUCACUCAGCCUGUGGUGGUGGUGGCCAUCGUGGGUUUCUACCGCACGGGAAAAUCCUACCUGAUGAACAAACUGGCUGGGAAGAAAACAGGUUUCUCUCUUGGCUCUACUGUUCAGUCUCACACCAAAGGAAUCUGGAUGUGGUGUGUGCCUCAUCCCCACAAGUCAGACCACACUCUAGUUCUGCUUGACACAGAAGGCCUGGGAGACGUUGAGAAAGGUGACAACCAGAACGACUGCUGGAUCUUUGCCUUGACAGUACUUUUGAGCAGUACCUUUGUGUACAAUAGCAUGGGAGCCAUCAACCAGCAGGCCAUGGACCAACUGCACUAUGUGACAGAGCUGACAAAACGUAUCAGAUCCAAAUCCUCCCCUGGCUGCGAUGCGGUGGAGGACUCUGCCAACUUUGUCAGCUUCUUCCCUGACUUUGUCUGGACUCUGAGAGAUAUGACCCUGAAGCUAGAAAUAGAUGGACAGUUACUCACAGCAGAUCAGUACCUGGAGAAUUCCUUGAAGCUCAAUGAAGGUACCUGUGAAGAAGUUGAAAAAUACAACCUGCCCCGACUCUGUAUUCGAAAGUUCUUCCCGAAGAAGAAAUGCUUUGUCUUCUAUCCACCCACCGAGUGGAAGAAACUCCGUGAGCUCGAGACCCUGCAAGAAAACGAGAUCGAUUCUGAGUUUUUGCAGCAAGUGGCAGAAUUCUGUUGCUACAUCAGUAGCAGUUCCAAGGUUAAAACUCUGCCGGGAGGCCUCAAGGUCAACGGCUCACGUCUAGAGAAGCUAGUGCUGACUUAUGUAGAAGCCAUAAGCAGCGGAGACCUGCCGUGCAUGGAGAAUGCAGUCUCGACCUUAGCUCAGCUAGAGAACUCAGCUGCAGUGAAAAAGGCCAUCGAACAUUAUGACAAAGAGAUGGGACAGAAGGUGCAGCUGCCCACAGAAACCAUCCAAGAGCUGCUGGAUCUGCACAGGAUCAGUGAGAAAGAGGCCAUAGAAAUCUUUUUCAAAAAUCCUGAACCCACCGACCAUCCUUUCCUGAUUACUCCUUUCACUUCUGUUUUCACACUGCAGUCUCAGCUAGAAAAAAGGUGUGAUGACUUUUGUAAACGCAACGUGGAAGCAUCAUCAACUGGUUGCCAGGCAUUACUGCAGGAUAUUUUCAGACCUCUAGAAGAAGCUGUGAAGCAGGGCACCUAUUCUAACCCAGGAGGUUACUCUCUCUUUCUUCAUGAGAUGCAAAGGCUAACAAAAAUGUACCACGAAGAACCCAGGAAGGGUGUACAGGCUGAAGAGAUUCUACAGAAAUAUUUGCAGUCAAUAGAGGCUGUUUCUAAUGCAAUUUUACAAAUGGACACCAAUCUGAAUGCUAAGGAAAAGGAGAUUGAAGCGGAACGUAAAAAAACUGAAUCUGCACUGGCUGCUGCAAAACUGUUAGAAGAAACACAAAAGGAGAAUGAGAAACUAAUGGAACAGAAAGAAAAGAGUUUUCAGGAGUAUGUGAAACAGUUGACUGAGAAAAUGGAGAAUGACAGGGCCCAGUUAAAAGCAGAGCAAGAGACGAUACUAGCUCUUAAACUCCAGGAACAGAAACAACUACUCCAGGAAGGAUUUCAAGAAGAGAGCAGAAAACUUCAAGAAGAGAUGUGGAAUGCGGAGAGGAGACACAAAGAAACAAUGGAUCAUCUGAAAGCUGAAUCUUCAGAGACUAUAUCAAGGAUGUCGAAGGAAAUGCAAGAGAAGUAUGAGUUGAUGUUGGGAAAUAAAGACAGGAAUUAUCAGGAACAUGUGCAACAAUUGAUUGAAAAGAUGGAGCAGGACAGAGCUCAGCAGAUGGCUGAACAGGACAGGGCCAUGGCUCUUAAGCUUCAGGAACAGCAACUCUAUUUCAAAGAGGAACUAGCAGAAGAGAGAAGAAAAUAUGAGAAAGAAAUUCAGGACAAAGAGAUGAAGAACAGAGAAAUGAACAUAAAAUUGGAAGCCGCACAAGCUGAAAAUGCACAGGCUGUAACAAAAAUGGUGGAGGAAGUGAAGAAGAUAAACCAGCAUAUGGUAGACCAGAAAGAAAAGAUGCUUGAGGAGCGUGUGCGACAACUGGCUAACCAGAUUCAGGUAGACAAAGAUGAGCUAAAGGCAGAGCACGACAAAGUUUUGAAUGAUAAGCUUCAGGAACAGGAAAACAAUUUUAAUGCUAAAAUCAAGAAUUUAAGGGAGGAGAAAGAUCGAUGUUCCGUCAUGUAAAAGUCAAAACACAUUGAUUUCCUCCCUGGCUGCCUC